AUGGGUAUCAAUGCUGAACGCACCGACUUCUUCGAAACCGUUUCCGAGCGCGCUUCUGACACCCUCAAGCGUGCCGACAGCAGCUUUGACGAAAAGUCGAAACGUAAUGAACUCUUCACCACUCACCUCAAAUCGCCGCUUGCCACCCCUCGAACGAGAGAUGAAGUGCAUUAUAGCUCACAUGUACCCGCCCAACGCCCCACGGCGGAUCAUCACCCACACCUCCUAUCAUUGUGGCCUUCGACGAACAUCAAUCAGCUCAACAGCCUCCGCCGCGCAUGGAAUUGGAUCAAUACCCAACAAGCCAGCGCCAAGACCACGACGUUCUGGCUUGUGUUGAUCAGUACCAGCAGCAGUGCGGCCGAUUUUGUCAAGCAUGCCCACCGUAACGUGUUAUCAUUGGCACUGCCCAUUUUCAUCGGCCCUUUCUUGCGCCUCGCAAGACUUCUGCUGGACUCUCACAUCAUUUACUACGGACGACCGCUGUGGAAGACAUUCAAUUCUGGAAGCCUCUGGGUGAUGGCCAACCACAAAUUGAUGGGUGGCGAAGACUUUGCCAUCCGCAAGACCGCCCACUGCUUCAGCAUCUUGGCGUCUCGUCUCGCGCUAAGCCUUUCGCCGACUGAAUCGCCAAACUCGGAACUCUUUGCAAGACAGAAGCAAUUCGUCGACAGCACAGUAGAUCGCCACAUGCGCAUUGUCACGCAUGUUACCAGCGAGGGUGUCAUGCACGUUGAAUCUCCAUCAGAGCCUGUGCUAGCCAUCGCUGCUUCCAAUAUCAUGCUGGCUCCCUACCUCCAGUCAGCUGAGAACGCGAGAGGCUACACGUACGCAGACAUCCUCAAGAAAUUUCAGCAAGAAUGCUUGCUCAACCCCGAUGUUGCCUUGCUGAAGGGCAGUUUCGGUGAACUUGCCUCGCGGAUCAUCUUGAUGGUUGCUUGCGACGCCGUGAAGCGCAAAAAAAUCGAACAAACCGAGCCAAAGGAAUCGUCGGACACCCAGCACGUGGGCGCCAGCAUCUACGCCAAGCCCGUCAUCUCGACCGGCUCUUCGUUGAUGGUUCAUCCACCGAUGCCCUCUAACAUCACUCUUGAGCCCAGAGAGGGCGAGAGGCACGCUGCGCGCUACAUGACCUACAUUGCCUGGGAAGCAAAGAACCGAAGGGAUCCACAGAGCACCACGGUCCCUGCUAGUUCAGCGCCUGUCGUUGCUGGACCGGUGAUCAAGAGCGCCUCGAUGGCACCGCCAAACGAGAAGCCACUGACCGAACAGGCUCUGUUGAUCGUGCUUUUCGACCUUGGCACAAGCACCGGGUUCAAGAAAGCGCAAGACGGCUCUCGACCGCAAGUGACGCCUAUUACCGGUCAACAGUGUCCUCGGCUGUGCAUUCGGGGUUUGCUCGGCCCGCACGCUUACCCCUGUCUCGACCUUUUCGAGGCCCGUCUCAACCUUGGUGGACAUUCUGUCGUCUAG